CCGGGAUAAUUUUGAUUUUUUGGGGCUUACUUUUUAAGUUUUCGUCCCAAAUCCGCUUGUAGGACACGCCCGACCUAACUCCAAUCUCCUGCACCCUCAGGUUCGGAGAAUGAUGAUUGCCACCGUGACGCGAGCGCUGCUUGCCGCUGCAGCUGGAGAGGUCGCGGCAGGUUUGCAUACCCACGAUGAUCAGGGGGGCGUGCCUCAUUUGAACAAGCACGCCGGCAGAGUCUUCGUGGGCAUGAGUGGUCUUAUUGGCUACACUGGCCAGUAUUCGUACGAAGUGAUGCAUGGCACUGCCUGUGGCGCCGCCGGUAUUUACGCGUGGAGUUCUGGACAAUCUUCCAAUUACGGCCAGGGCUACAACGUCGAUGUUGACGGAUGCAUGACAGUUUGCUCAAGUUUUCUUGAGUGUGCGGGAUUUGUUCUGCAAGAAUCGGACUGCAGGUGUUCGUUCUGGAAGGCCGAUUAUUUCUCGCCUUAUGCACUUAACUUCCAGUGCCACGUGAAGCAAGUAUUGCCGGAUUGCUUGAGACAGAACGGAUUAUUAUUGCUUUGCGUUCGACAACGGAAGAUUCAGCGUUGGCCAGUUGGGCGUCAAGGCUGUCCUAGUGGUGCGAGCCCGAUAUAUGAUUCAACCACAUGUGCACAAGCAGCAUCUCUGUUUGGAUUGUAACUUGCGACGUUGACUGAAAGGUUGAAGUGUCAUUGGUGUUGGUGGAUGCGGAAGAACAUCCGGAAUGUCUGACAAUGGCGGUUUGCAUGAGGCGAAGUGGAUUUGCAUACAGGCGCCGACGCCGAGCCCGACGUCGAGCCCGGCUUCCGCGACUACGUCCGACCCGACGCUAAGCCCCACGCCCACCCUGACUGCGACGACGCCCAACCCGACGCCCAGCCCGAAGCCCAACAUACAGCGCGACAUCCAGCCCGACAUCCAUCCCGACGCCGAGCCUGACGCCCAAUCUGAUGGCCAGCCCGACGGUCGCUGGCGUCGGCGACCCGCACAUCGUCAACACCUAUGGCCAGAAGUUCGACUUGUUUCAGGCUGGGCACCAUACGCUGAUCAACAUCCCCAGGUGGGCGCGGCAGCAUGCCAAUUUCCUCGUGCAGGCGAGGGCGAGUCGUGCUGGGGAUUGGUGCGCUGAUUUGUUACCUAACAGCGAAGACUGAUAGGUUUCUAAUGGUGUAAAAAGAGAGCAGCACAUUACUCCACAGGG